AUGUAUCGAGUUCCUUGCGUACAAAAACUAUACCGCGCGGUAAAAUUUCGGAUUUCGGCUAGGUUUUUUUCUUUUUUCUGUUGCCGUGUUCAAAGUAAUUUCGCGAAAUGCGAAAUAGUCGUCAGAGAAAGAAAAAUAUAACUAAAUUUUGGAGAGUCAGAGAUCAUUUUGCUUUUCGCUAAAUUACUUUGAACACGGCAUGUAUUCGGAACGAAAAAUCUGCCUCGAAACUAAAAUUGAAUGAUUCGAAACAGAAAUUUUCUUGUCGUUUUGUAGCAACUAGAUGACCAGAACUUUUGACUGAAACGGCUUUUUUUUUCAAUUGAAUGCGUCGAAAAUUUAGUUUCGUAACAACGUGCAUAUAUAUCAGAAGAAAUGUUUCUGUACGAAUCUCAAAAAUCGGUUUCCUUGAGAAGGAUUUUGUUCGAGUGUCUAAUUUUUUUUUUAGUUUUUCACAAAUUCGCUCCAUAUGCGCUAUAUACAUGCAAAAAAAAAAAAAACAAAGUGAUGAUGUCAUCAUUUUCUUUUUUAUACAAAGUUUCUGUCACUAGAGUUAUAAAAUUUCAAGGCGGCUGGUCGUAUUACGAUAAUCAGGCUAGGUUUUUGGAUAAUAAAAGGAAACUUGUGUACUUUUUUGGGACGUAAAUUAUCUUUUAACCUCGAGAGAUAGGUCCUAAAAAUUGCAAAAAGAGAAAAAAGUUUUCAAAAUUUCCGGGCCCCGAAACUGACGGCGCAACCGGCCGCCAUAGCACUGUCUUAAACACACAAAACAAAAAUAUUAAUUUUUUUUUUCUCCCUCUUUCUUGGAAGAGCUUUCUCCCAUUGCUUUGUUUCAAUUUUUUAUAAUUUUAUUAGUCUCCUUGCUCACUUUCUUAUGGUUGAUUUUUAUAAAAAUUUUUAACUUGAGGAUCAUUAUGAGAAAAGGUACAUAAAAGUAGAAGCGGUAGAGUUUAUUAGCUGGUAUAGCCGGUUCAUUACUAGCUUGGGACGCAAAAAAGAUGCGGCCUGUCUGCGCUCUCCACGAGCCUGGCACUGUCUCGUGCAUUAUCGUGUCAGGACCCUUUCGAUGGCUCAAGCGAGCUGUGAAUCAGCUAUAUGAACAAAAAGAUCAGCCGCCUGAGGCGCCGCGGACGCAACACCCGUUUCUGAGUUCAGCUCAUUCUAGUAUUCAGUAACAACAGCGGAGGGAGCAGCGUGAUGGAUGAAUUCGACACGAUUCCAGAUGGAGAUCUUCAAGAGAGCGCAUGGGAACGUAUCCAGGGGCUUUCCGAAAUGUUCCCAAAGCCAGUGAGAAAGAUGGUCACUAGCGGUUGCGAAUGGGGCAUUUGGAGCGCUGCUGGUUUGGUACGUUUAAAUUCUCUUUUGUAUCAAAAAUAUCCGACCUUUUGUAGAAUUCGAGGUAACAUUAAAUUUUUCAGUUGAAUCUGACACGAAAUGGCGUGUGGGUGCUAGCAACAACAUCGCUGAUCGCCUUCCUUCCCUAUAUCAUCGAAAAAGAGCGCAGUGAUCUGGAGAAGACGCAGGUCGCACAGCAACGUCAAAUGCUUCUCGGUCCCACCGCUGCCAUCCAAUCGGCCAAAGAAUCUAAGUAG